CUCUCUCUCUCUCUCUCUCUCUCCACAGCAUAACAUACAUGAUUUUUAUACCUCAUGGCUUUAACAGGUUCUAUUUACCGUAAGCCAUACUGGCUCCAACCCGGAGGAGAGGAUUGCUUGUGGUUGCUGCAUCAAUGGCACACACAACUAUGACAAGAGUUGUUUCAUUGACUGAAAAACAAUUUGAGGACUGCAUUUUUCUCACGUAGAGUGGACACAUCACAGCCAUUGUGUGCAUGCAAGAGAAGCUGCAGUGAUCAACAACAAAUCAAAUGUAUGAAUUGGAGGGACUAGCUGUUGAUUCACAGCUGAAGGUUUUUCUGCUUGGAAUAUCCAGAAUCUUCUUUUCCAGCUUUGACAAUUAAAAUGUGUAGGCUAAUAUAAUGCUUUUAUUACACACCUGAAGGCUAUCAUGGAUUAUUUGGUUGACUUAAAAACAAUACUACAAAGACUGCAUUGGAUAAUAUUCAUUGUUUGGUGAGCGGAGGAUCUCAAAUUUUCUCCUGGGACGUUUUGUCAUCACCAAGCCGCCAAGCUGGCUAUGGCCGCGGCGAUCGCCAGCUCCCUCAUUCGGCAGAAGAGGCAGGCGAGGGAGCGGGAGAAGGCGAAUGCCUGCCGCUGCGCAAGCAGUCCGGAUAAUUGCAAAGCAGGGGACAGGGGACCCUGUGAGAAACCGAGCAAGCUGAACGUGUUCUCACGCGUCAAACUCUUUGGCUCUAAGAAACGGAAGAGAAUAAGGCGACCAGAGCCCCAGCUCAAAGGGAUAGUGACAAGGUUGUACAGCCGCACAGGCUUCUACCUUCAGAUGCAAGCUGAUGGAACCAUCAAUGGAACCAAGGACGAGGACAACAGCCAUGCUGUGUUCAACCUCAUUCCUGUUGGGCUGCGAGUUGUGGCCAUCCAGGGGGUUCAGACCAAACUCUACCUGGCCAUGAACAACGAUGGCUUCCUGUAUACCUCUGAGCACUUCACCCCAGAGUGUAAGUUCAAGGAGUCGGUGUUUGAGAACUACUACGUGACCUACUCCUCCAUGCUCUACAGACAGCAGCAGUCAGGCAGGGCCUGGUACCUUGGCCUCAAUAAAGAGGGGGUCAUCAUGAAGGGCAACCAUGUGAAGAAGAAUAAACCAGCGGCCCACUUCAUCCCUAAACCACUGAAAGUUGCCAUGUACAGAGAACCCUCACUCCAUGACCUGACCGAGUUCUCCCGCUCCGGCAGCGGUACUCCCACCAAGAGCCGCAGUGCAUCGGCCUUGCUGAACGGAGGAGGGAAGACACUGAGCCAGAACGAGCAGUCCACAUAGCUGUGGGGAGUGCGUCUCGGGCAGAGAGCGGCUCUCCCAAUCGUACAGUAAGCAGACUCAACUGAUCCUCGUCCAACUGAUCAGGUGGAGAGCAAGGGAAUUAGCUUAGCUUAGCGUGUACUGAAACCACUGUGACAGACUAUGACAUCAUCAAUGAAAAAAUCCAUGGGUUUCUGCGGGUCAAAUUUGCUAUGAACUUUGAUACAAAAGGCCUAAACCAUUUUGCUGGUCUGGAGUAUAUAUUCUUCCUUGGAUUAUUCUUGAGCAUAUGUAGCGUAUUAGCCAUGUAUCUCUUUCUCCAAGGGUCUUGAGAGGGAGAGUUACUGGCCAGUAGCUUCCAUGCCUCCUAAAAAAAAGCAAUUUUUUGGGGUGUUUGAGUCCAAGAAAGCUGUACAUAUCUGCAAGCCUUCUGCAUCGGUCCUACUAUCUGCCAUAUACAUUGCUUGCCAGCCAUACCAAUUGCGUUAAUUUGUUCCUGUGUACCAAAGACUCAAACCUGUUUCUCUGGUUUUGCUGAAGACAAAAAAAAGUCUGAAAAACUGUGGACUAAUCGUACUACAUACUAUUUACAACAUACUGUUUGGCAAAAAAUGUAUACAAUAAGUAACACAUUUCAACAUACUAGGCUCACUCAUACUGAAAAUGCCUCAUCUAAUGCAGAAUGCAGAACUCUUCCCCUUAUCUGAUUAUCAGCUGUUGCCAAGCACACGUUGGUCUGAAAAUAUGUUUCUCUUCCCCCCCCAAUAGCAUGUAGCGAACUCGUACUAGAUGAAACGUGAAAUGACUAUGACAUCGUGGCAUUUAAAGCGAAUAACAUUUUCGAAAUUUGACACCCUAUAACACUUUGUGUCGAACGCAAGUAGACUAUGAGUAGGACACGGGUAAUUGGACACGGCCAAUGUGUGGUUUAUAGGGACUUGUUUUCACAGACCCUCCUCUGUUUAUCUAUAUUAUUUGAAGAGUCUGUUUCCAUCUUCGGUUAUUACAUCCGAAAGCCUAACUAGUGACCUCUUGAGUUUUGGGAGAUCUUGUUGUUUGAAUAGGCCACUUAUAUCAACCCUUUUACAGCAUUGUGUCAUUAGUAGGCUCCUUUUCCAUUCUAGGGGACAUAGCAAACCAUGAACGUAGUUUCAUAGUGUAUUUAGAUGUGUUUCGUCAUUUGUUUACGUGUAUGUGUCUUACGUGCUUGCUUUCGUGUAUGUGCAAGGAUAACAACAUAAUCCUCGAUAAAAAAUAAUGUACAAUCAAAGUGGGGAUUAUUAGUGAAAUGGAGGGCUCGUCCAGAUAAAAUGAUUGUAUGUAUUCUCCUGCAUUGUUUUUUCCUUCCCUGGGGCCAAAUGCACUGAACAAAAAUAUGAAUGCAACCUGCAACAAUUUCAAAGAUGUUACUGAGUUACAGUUCAUGUAUGGAAAUCAGUCAAUUUAAAUGAAUUCAUUAGGCCCUAAUCUAUGGAUUUCACAUGACUGGGAAUACAGAUGUGCAUCUGUUGGUCAUAGAUACCUUUAAAAAAAGGUAGGGGCAUGGAUUUAAAAAGAAAACUGUCAGUAUCUGGUGUGACCACCAUUUGCCUAAUGCAGCGUGACACAUCUCCUUCACAUAUAGUUGACCAGGCUGUUGUUAGUGGCCUGUGGAAUGUUGCCCCACUCCUCUUCAAUGGCUGUGUGAAGUUGCUCAAUAUUGUUGGGAACUGGAACACACUGUCAUACACGUUGAUCCAGAGCAUCCCACACAUGCUCAAUGCGUGACAUGUCUGGUAAGUAUGCAGGCCUUGGAAGAACUCAGACAUUUUCAGUUUCCAAGAAUUGUGUACAGAUCUUUGUGAUAUGGGACUGUGCAAUUAUCAUGCUGAAACAUGAGGUGAUGGCGGCGGAUGAAUGGCACGACAAUGGGCCUCAGGAUCUCGUCACAGUAACUCUGUGCAUUCAAACUGCCAUCGUUAAAAUGCAAUUGUGUUCGUUGUCCGUAGCUUAUGCCUUCCCAUACCGUGACUCCACCUCCACCAUGGGGCACUCUGUUCACAACGUUGACAUCAGCAAACCGCUCCGCCUCACAACGCCAGACACGCUGUCUGUUAAUUGCCCGGUAAAGUUAAAACUGGGACUCAUCCGUGAAGAGCACACUUCUCCAGCGUACCAGUGGCCAUCGAAGGUGAACAGUUGCCCACUGAAGUCGGUUACGACGCUGAACUGCAGUCAUGUCAAGACCCUGGUGAGGCAAAUGAGCAUGCAGAUGAGCUUUCCUGAUACGGUUUCUGACAGUUUGUGCAAACCCACAGUUUCAUCACCUGUCCGUGUGGCUGAUGCUCAGAUGAUCCCACAUGUGAAGAACCCGGAUGUAGAGGUCCUGUGCUGGCAUGUGAGGCCAUUUGGAUGUACUGCCAAAUUCUCUAAAACAACAUAAGAGAAAUUAACAUUCAAUUCUCUGGCAACAGCUCUGGUGGACAUUCCUGCAGUCAGCAUGCCACUUGCACGCUCCCUCAAAAGUUGAGGCAUCUGUGGCAUUAUGUUGUGUGACAAAAUGGCACAUUUUAGAGUGGCCUUUUAUUGUCCCCAGUGCAGGGUGCACCUGUGUAAUGUGCAUGCUGUUUAAUCAGCUUCUUGAUAUGCCACAUCUGUCAGGUGGAUGGAUUAUCUUGGCAAAGGAGAAAGGCUCAGUAACAGGGAUGUAAACCAACGUGUGCACAAAACUUGAGAGAAAGAAGCGUUUUGUUGUGCGUGCCGGAACAUUUCAGGGAUCUUUUAUUUUAGCUCACAAAACACGAGACCAACGCUUUACAUGUUGCGUUUAUAUUUUUGUUCAGUAUAGAUGCUGAUGUCUACCAUUUGGUUUGAUGCAUUGAUUUAUUGACACUAUUAUUGCAUGGGACACUGUGGACCUCUGGGAACUAGCAGCAUGAUGUACUACUGUAGGUCUAGUGUUCUUAUUAUCUAUCUGUUUUGGACUCUGCGUUCCAGUCUGUACCAGACUACUAGUGAAUGAUCCAUAGCACAGACACACGUUUAAUCUGGAACCUUCUUCCAGUUUGUUAUUUGUUGUUCUAAUGAAAAAGCACUGAAUAAAAUGUUUAUAAGGAAAUGCGA